AUGUUGAAGAAUCUUGCCCUGGGCCUUCUCGCCGUCCAAAGUGCUGCCGCGACGCGGUUUGCCAUGUAUAUUGACGAAUAUCAUGUCACAGACCUGCCAAGUACAGACAAAACGACAGGAAUCGACCAUGCUAUCAUGGCAUUUGCCCCAUCAGAGUUGUUCAACUCCGACCCGCCAGCAUCCUUUACUCCCUUUGAAUCUCCCUCCAGCUUUCGUAAGCGUUUCGGUCCUGACACCAAGCUCAUGAUUGCCAUUGGCGGCUGGGGUGACGAGGCUGGCUUCUCCGCUGCAGCAAAGGACGCGUCUACCAUGGAGCGUUACGCAAAGAAUGUGGCAGCCAUGCUGGAUGCCAACGGAUUUGAUGGUGUUGAUAUCGACUGGGAAUACCCUGGUGGUAACGGACAGGACUAUAAGCAAGUUCCUAACUCAGCAAAGGUUUCCGAGAUAGAAACCUAUCCCGAGUUCCUUGCAGCCGUGCGCAAGGCUAUCGGUGACGACAAGGUCCUCUCCAUUGCGGUCCCUGGCCGUAAGCAGGAUAUGAUUGCCUUCACCAAUGAGACUGGGCCCAAGAUCUGGGAAUCCGUCGACAUGGUCAAUGUGAUGAGCUAUGACCUGAUGAACCGCCGUGAUAAUGUGACAAAUCACCAUACUGGUGUGCAAGACUCUUUGGACGUGAUCAACGAGUACCUGGAUAUGGGUCUCGAAGCUGAUAAGAUCAACCUCGGAUUUGCCUACUACGCGAAGUGGUUCACCACUGACCCCAACUCUGACUGUGAUACCCACCCCAUCGGCUGUGCAGUUGUGAAGCUGGAGAACGACGAUGGAAGUGAUAAUGGAAAGUCUGGCUCUCUUACUUUCGAGGCUAGCGCUGUUUCACCUGCUCCUGCGAACCUGACUACCAGCCAGAACGGCAAGUGUGGAUUUGACGAGAAGACCAAGUGUCCUAGUGGAUCAUGCUGCAGCGCCUACGGCAACUGUGGUACUGCUGAUGACUUCUGCCAGGCAGGAUGUCUCUCCGACUACGGUGAUUGCAAGGGAAUCUCUAUCACCGACUCAUGGCGCCGUGCUCAGAAGGAUGGCAAGACUGACGAGAAUCUUGGUGGUCAAUACUACUGGGAUGCUGAUUACAAUAUCUUCUGGAGCUGGGACACCCCUGACCUCAUCGCUCGCAAGUUCGAGCAGAUCGUUGAUGCGAAGAAGCUGGGCGGCAUUAUGGCAUGGAGUCUGGGUGAGGAUACGUAUAAGUGGGAGCAUCUCAAUGCUAUGCAGAAUGGUCUUAAGAAAUCUGCUAGCACUCAGGUUGAUGCGGAUUCCUAA